AACCUGCUUAGUCGUUUCCACAUACUCGCGGUUGUGGCACUGUGUUGUUACAUGUCUUCGACUCGUGCGUGCACUUUCACUAGAGUUAUGUUUUGAUCAUAUCCGUUUCGUUCUAUCAAACUGUUGUUGUUGUUGUUGUGUGUUUUUGCUUAAUGUGCAUGUGAUUUCGUCUUCGUAGCUGCUCAAUGAUGAGAAUGUCGUUGAACGAUGAGCAACGUCCGAGAAUCACGGUGAAAUGUGAAAGUUUCCUUUUCGUUCACCUUUACCUGCUGCUCUUCACUUUUGCCGGGGUUUAUGGGCAAGCCGAGAAGGAACCGAAGAAACCUUCGACAGUUCAAGAGUUGUACAAUACCAGUUCCUGCAUACCAAAACCAUACAUUUGUCCGCAUCCUAUGAUACAAUAUUAUUUAUACACAAGGCGUACUCAAUAUAAUCCCGAAUUGAUAGAUACUUUGAGGCCGGAGUCGCUUUACAAAUCGCAAUUCAAUAGGGCGCACGCAACGAAAAUCGUGAUUCACGGCUUCGGUGGUGGUAGGAAUUUGUCUCCUAGCACCGACAUGAGAGAGGCUUACUUCUAUAGAGGAAACUAUAACAUAUUUAUAGUUGAUUAUGGUACGUUGGUGAAAGAGCCUUGCUUGAAGCAGAUGGAAUGGGCUCCCAGAUUUUGCGCUCUCUGCGUAGCCCAUUUGGUCCGAUACCUCACCCAACAUCCCAGAGGCACCAGAGCCGAUCGGCUACAUCUGAUCGGUUACAGCGUCGGAGCUCAUAUCUCUGGAUUAGUUGCUAAUUACCUGGAAUCCCACAUCGACGGGAAAUUGGGUAGAAUUACAGGUUUAGAUCCAACUAUAGUAUUUUAUUCUGGACAGAACAAGUCAAGAGAUUUAGACCCGAGCGACGCGCAUUUCGUCGAUAUUUUGCACACGAAUUCCGGAAUCUUGGGUCAAUGGGGACCCAACGGUCACGCCGAUUUUUACAUCAACGGUGGCUCUAGUCAACCCGGAUGCGCGAGCGACACACUCUUCAAAACUUUAGCUUGUGAUCACACGAAAGUUACCCCUUAUUUCAUUGAGUCUAUAAUAACACCACGAGGAUUUUGGGCCUACCCCUGUCCAACACUCAUCAGCUAUCUAUUAAGGAUUUGCAAUCCUGACGAAGAAGAGUACGUUCUAAUGGGCGAGCACGUUUCCAAUAGAGCGAGGGGUAUAUAUUACGUAACCACCAAUGCGGAAGCUCCGUUUGCACAAGGUCACCCAUUAAAAGUAGAUAGAGAAACUUUAAGAAGAAAGAAUCCAAAUUAUAUUUAAAUAUAACUAAAGUUAACAAAAAAUUUAA